ACAAACCCUUUUCUCUAUUUUCACUUCUUUUCUUUUCUUCUUUUUAAGGAUCCACCCCUUCUCUCUUUAUGCUCUUUCUUUGUGUAUGUAUGUGUGUGGAUCAUCACCAAUCUCUUCUUGCUAAAGCAACUUCCUUUCAUCUCUUCUUCUUAGCUUUCAACACAAUCCAUGACCCCACAACAUUAGUCUCUCUCUUUCUCUUUCUCUCUCUAUAUCUCUUUAGUGCAGUUAGUAGAGUGGUGAGCUUCAAAAUGGAGACCAUGAACUAGAACUUGUCUCAAACCAUCACUCACACUCAUACCUUCAACCCCUUCAAGGUUCAAAGUUUGUGGGUGAUGAGCUCCUCAUAGACAAAGACUAACAAGCUGGGGCAGAGAGAAGAAGAGAUGGUGGGAACUCCAAUUAACGGAAGAACAAGGCUAUCUUUUGGUGCUGUUAAUGGUGGCCAUGAUCUUGGCCCCAGUAGUGCUCCACCAAGCAAUGCUGGCUCAGAUUAUGGCAUUAUAGAGUUCACAAGAGAGGAUGUGGAGGCCUUGCUGAAUGAAAAGGCCAAAAGGAAGGACAGAUUUAAUUACAAGGAAAGAUGUGAAAACAUGAUGGACUAUAUAAAAAGGCUGAAGGUUUGUAUCAGGUGGUUCCAAGACCUUGAGAUUAGCUACUCACUAGAGCAAGAAAAGUUGAAGAGUUCAUUGGAAUUGGCCCAGCAAAAAUGCACGGAAAUAGAGCUGCUGCUAAAAAUCAAGGAAGAAGAGCUAAAUUCAAUUAUUGUGGAAAUGAGAAGGAAUUGCACUUCUUUACAAGAGAAAUUGGUGAAGGAAGAAUCCGAAAAAACAGCAGCAGCAGAAUCUCUUCUUAAAGAGAGAGAAGCUAGGCUUAACUUUGAGAGGUCACAGAGUACACUGCAGGAGGAUCUUGGACGAGCACAACGAGAGCUCCAAAGUGCAAAUCAGAAGAUAUCAUCUCUCAAUGACAUGUAUAAGCGGUUACAGGAUUACAUAACAAGCUUGCAGCAGUACAAUGGAAAACUGCAUUCAGAGCUUUCUACAGUUGAAAAUGAACUUAAGCGUGUAGAGAAAGAGAAAGCUACUGUACUGGAGUCCCUUACCAUGUUAAAGGGUCAGCUUACUUUGUCUAUGGCUUCUCAAGAAGAGGCCACGAAACAGAAGGAUGCCUUGGCUAGUGAAGUUACAUCUCUCCGAGUAGAGUUGCAACAUGCGAGGGAUGAUCGAGACCACCAAUUAUCUCAAGCGCAAACUUUAACAUCUGAAUUAGAGAAAUCUAAAGAUUCUACAGAAAAGUCCUGCUCUGAACUGAACAAAUUGACUUUAAGAACAAAUGAACUUGAGGCAAAAUGUGCUUUGCAAGAUGAGCGGAUAAAGGUACUACAAGAGCAGCUAACUACUGCUGAGGAGAAACUUCAGGUUUGUGACAUAUCUGCAAGUGAGACAAGAAUAGAAUAUGAAGGGCAACAAAAACUUGUACACGAGUUGCAAAGACGUUUGGCAGAUGCAGAAAAUAAAGUUAUAGAAGGGGAGAAGCUGAGGAAAGAAUUGCACAAUAACAUUUUGGAACUAAAAGGGAACAUCCGCGUGUUCUGUAGAGUGCGGCCUUUGUUACCUGAUGAAGGUUCUAGCACAGAAGGAAAGAUUAUAUCUUAUCCCACAUCGAUGGAAGCUUCUGGACGGGGCAUUGAAUUGACACAAAAUGGCCAAAAACAUUCUUUCACAUAUGAUAAAGUUUUUGCACCUGAUGCAUCACAAGAAGAAGUUUUUAUCGAAAUUUCACAGCUUGUGCAAAGUGCUCUUGAUGGUUAUAAGGUUUGCAUUUUUGCAUAUGGUCAGACAGGGUCAGGGAAAACCUAUACAAUGAUGGGAAGGCCUGGACAUCCAGAAGAAAAGGGCUUGAUUCCUCGUUCACUUGAACAAAUAUUUCAAACAAAACAAUCUCAGCAACCCCAAGGCUGGAAAUAUGAAAUGCAGGUGUCAAUGUUGGAAAUAUACAAUGAAACCAUUCGUGAUCUGUUAUCUACAAAUAAGUCAUCAUCAGAAGGAACACCAACACGAGUGGAAAAUGGUACUCCCGGGAAGCAAUACACAAUCAAACAUGAUGCCAACGGAAAUACACAUGUUUCUGAUCUCACAGUAGUGGAUGUUCAGAGUGUAAAAGAGGUUGCAUUUCUUUUAAAUCAAGCUGCAAAUAGCAGAUCUGUGGGAAAAACUCAGAUGAAUGAACAAUCUUCUAGAAGUCAUUUUGUAUUCACUCUUCGAUUAUAUGGUGUAAAUGAGAGCACUGACCAACAAGCACAAGGUAUUCUAAAUCUCAUUGAUCUUGCUGGGAGUGAGCGUCUUUCAAGGAGCGGGUCAACUGGGGACCGAUUGAAAGAAACCCAAGCAAUAAAUAAAAGUCUGUCAUCAUUAAGUGAUGUUAUAUUUGCCUUGGCCAAGAAGGAGGAUCAUAUCCCAUUCAGGAACUCAAAGCUUACAUACCUUCUUCAGCCUUGUCUAGGUGGUGACUCAAAGACAUUAAUGUUUGUGAACAUCUCUCCUGACCAAGCUUCAGCUGGAGAGUCACUAUGCUCACUACGGUUUGCGUCAAGAGUCAAUGCUUGUGAAAUUGGGACACCUCGCUGUCACACCAGUGGACGCCCUGUAGAAUCUCGCUUGACCUAUUUCUAAUCUUUCCACACAUGAAUAUGGUUAUAUUGUUUAACCUAUUUGUGUCAUCUCUACUACAACCAAAAUAACUCCAAUUCUAACAUCAUGCGUAUAGAUUGUAAUGUAUAGUAAACAAGUUACCAAGUAUGCAUUAGUUUUAAAAAAUAUCUCCCAUUAUUAUAGUUCCAUUUACAAUUCUGCUCCAUGUUAUUUUCAUAAUUUUAUAUUAUUCUACUUUAUUAUCAGUA